CAGAGAUACACAGAGCUCUGGGCCGUUUUCGGAGCCUAGCCAGCGACCCAAAAACUGACCCAGAAUAUGGAAUUGGAAAAUAUGGAACCUGAAUAUAUAGAAACUGAAAACAUGGAAUUAGACAAUAUGGAAACUGAAACUAUUUCUUCAGUUUCAACUCUGCAAGCCCUCUCUAAGCUACUUUAUCCUGAAGAAGAGGAUGCGUUUGAGUCCGAACAGGCUAAUUGUUUAUCUGCGAUCGGAGCCAUGGGUCCUGGGGAUAUUGGACCACCAAAACUAGAAGAGCAUAAAGUCAUCACUCAAACCAGUGAUGAAACUAGUGAGACCAUUUGGAAUUCAGAAGAAGUUCCAGAAGGAUCAGAGCACACUGACAAGUGGGAUGCUAGAGAAAUACCAGAGUAUGAAAUCAUAUACAAACAGCAAGUGGGAACUGAGGAUAUGUUCCUAGGAUUGAUGGAAAAGAACAGUUCAACAGCGUGUUGUGAGGAUCUAAUGGUUAAAAUUAAACUGCCAAAUACAAAUCCUUCUGAAAUUAAAAUUAAUGUCCAGGAAACGAUUCUUGAUCUUCGUACUCCUGAUAAGAAACUGUUGUUGAACCUUCCUCAUCCUGUGGAUUGCAACAGUGCCAAAGCUGUCUAUAUCCUGGAAACUGAAACGCUUGAAGUCACCAUAACUUUCAAACGAGAGUUGGAUUUUGUUAAUUUUUUCUAA